UUUUUGUUGUGGAUAAAAUAUCACUCGAUGUUUUACCAACUGAUUUAUUAAUCAAACUGCAAACUUGACGGUAUAAACAAGCGACGUCAAACAAGAAAAGAGAGAAGCGUCGUUACAAUGAUGGUCAUGCGCCGAAACGUUUGUUUGUAUCGCAACGGCGGCUCGAACGAUGGCACUGACUGACGUCCUGAAUGUUUCCAAAAAUCGCGACGCGCCCGACGCCAAGUUUCCCGAUAUGGCGCGUCUUGCGACGCCCAAACCCGUGCUUCAUUUGGGCUCGUCCACAGAGUUUCAAAGGCUCGGCUCCGCCGUACUGUCCUCGAAACCAUCCACCGGCUACAGCAGGGCCGGCACCGGGUUCAAACCGACCACCAACUUCAAGAGACCGGGUACCGGCUUCAAACCGGGCACCGGGUUCCGGCCCGGUACCGGCGCCGACGCGUUCAGCAGGCCGAUGACGGCCGUGAGAGGCGCGGGGUACACCUCGCAGGGGGGUAGCAAGCCGUUCGACCCCCUCAACGAGGGCGGGAAGGCGCCCACGCCUCCCCUCGAGCUGCAAAAGGACGACUCGCCCGAGGGCAAAGUGAGGCAGCAGGAGGCGAAGAUCAUGAGCCUGGUUGAGGAGGCGUGCGUCGCGCAGUCCGAAGGGGACGUCAGGAAGGCCCUGACCAAAGCCAAGGAAGCGUCCAACAAGGAGCGCAGCCUCAUACGGAUGCAGGAGCAGUCCGGGUUGGGCGACCACCACAACGUCGACCUCACCUACGCGGUACUGUUCAACCUGGCCAACCAGUACGCAUCUAACGAGCUUUAUGCGGAGGCCCUCAACACUUACCAGAUGAUCACCAAGAACCGGAUGUUCGCCAACGCGCACCGCCUCAAAGUCAACAUGGGCAACAUCUACUUCAAGCAGCGGCAGUACCAGAUGGCCGUCAAGAUGUAUCGGAUGGCGCUUGACCAAGUACCGGCCAGUCAGAGAAACUUGAGGAUCAAGAUAAUACACAACAUAGCUAUGGUGUUUGUGCGGAUGGGUCAGUGGGAGGAGGCGGUCAGCAACCUGGAGUACAUCAUGAGCGAGCAGGCGUGUCACGGGGCCGGUUUGCACCUGGUGGCGUGCUGCAGGGCGCUCGAGGACAAGGACCGCAUGCGCACCGCGUUCUCGCUGCUGCUGGCCGUGCCGUCGGAGGCCGUCGACGAAGACAAGUACAACCUGGAGCAGGAUAACCCGAACGAUGCGCUACUGGCGCGAGCGAUCCGCGACGACGAACUGCGAGCUUACGAGACUAGGAGGCGGGCGGAGGCGGACCGCUGCAUCCUGGGGGCGGCCAAACUGAUCGCCCCCUUCGUGGAUGACGGUUUCAGCGCGGGUUACGACUGGUGCGCGCGAGCCAUCAAGAACUCGGAGUACGCGCGUCUCGCGUCCGACCUGGAAAUCGACAAGGCGGCCAUGUUCCUGAAGCAGAACCAGGUGACGGCGGCCGUCGAGACGCUCAAGACGUUCGAGAAGGACACCGAGAUGGACGUGAACGCGGCCUCCAAUCUCUGCUUCAUUUAUUUCUUGCAAGGCGACUACGACGCGGCGGCCAAAUACGCGGAGACGGUGGAUCGGUGCGAGAGGCCGACGGCCGGCGCCUUCGUGAACCGCGGCGCCUGCUUCAUGGCCAAGGGCGACCUCCGAAAGGCUACCGAUUGCUUCGAGAGGGCGCUGGAGGCGGACCCGGGCCACUUCGAGGCCACCUACGACCUGGGACUGUGCCUGAAACGGCGCGGCCACUACGACGAGGCGCUGGCCUGCUUCCAGCGCUUUUCCGGCUCGCUGGCGCUACUCCCGGCCGUCGUCUACCACGUGGCCGACCUGCUGGAGUUGUUGGGCGACGCCGAAGCCGCCGCCGACACGUACCAGCAGCUGCUGGGGCUCGUGCCCGCCGACGCCAAGGUGUUGCAGAAGCUGGGGGAACUGUUCGACCGCGAGGGCGACAAGCAACAGGCGCACCACUACCACGCGGACUCUUUCAGGUGUUACCCGGCCAACCUGUCGGUUAUCGAGUGGCUGGGCACCUACUACGUCGAGAUGCAGGUGGUGGAGAAGGCGCUGGGGUACUUGGAACGCGCGGCGGAGAUGCAGCCCGGCGACCCCAAGUGGAACAUGAUGGUGGCCGGCUGCCACCGCAGAUGCGGCAACAUGCACAAGGCACUGACCCUCUACCGGGAGAUACACAAGCAAUUCCCGGAGAACGCGGAAUGUCUCCGGUACCUGGUGAGGCUGUGCGGCGACAUGGGCAUGCGCGAGGCCCAGGACUACCUGGCGGAGCUGAAGAAGCUGGAGAAGGCGAAAGAAGUGAGGGAGCGCGUGAACAGCGGCCGUCCCGGCUCCCGGAGGAGCAACAGCGGACUGUCGUCGCGAGCGGGAUCGGGAUUUAGCCCGGUGCCGGAACACGAAACCGUCGCCCGCGGUCCGAGGUCCUCGAGGGCUCUCAGGGCCCAGUCGAGCGCCGGUAGUUCCGAUUCGGGCCUGGGGGGCGGCGCCCGCGACCACGAAGUCAUCUACACGGACCCGCUGGGCCCGACGCCGCCGAGGCCGAGGACCGGUGCCGGCAAACCCGUCGACUUUGACGAAUUCGGCAACGACGACCUCGGGGACGACCUUUUGCCCGAAUAAAUACACGUUCGAACAGAAAAUUAUAUCAUGAAGCAAUAUUAAGAAA